GCCAGGCCUCGCCGAGCCGGGGCAGGGCGGGUUCUGGUUACACACAGCGCCCACGGCGGCAUGGGGGGCCCGAGGCGCCUGCUGCUGGUGUCCAACUCCACCCUGCACGGAGGAGGGUACCUGGGCCACUGCCAGGAGCACAUCAAGAGCUUCCUCGGGGAGAAGGUGAAGCGGGUGCUGUUCGUUCCCUACGCCCUGCACGACCGCGAUGCCUACGCCCGGACCGCGAGGGCGAAGUUUGAAAGCUUGGGUUAUGGGCUGGACAGCAUUCAUGAAUCUUGUGAUCCAGUGGAAGCUGUAAGGAAAUCUGAAGCAAUAUUUAUCGGAGGUGGGAACACAUUCCGUCUCCUGAAAGCUCUCUAUGACAACAGUCUGAUACAGGAAAUCAGGAAAAGAGUUCUUGAGGAUGGGAUUCCUUACAUGGGAUCCAGUGCAGGAACUAAUGUCGCUACCGUCAGCAUCAAUACUACCAAUGAUAUGCCAAUUGUUUAUCCACCUUCCUUGCAGGCCCUAGGCUUAGUUCCUUUUAAUAUUAACCCCCACUACCUGGACCCAGAUGUUAAAAGCAGUCACAUGGGUGAGACAAGAGAAGAAAGAAUUCGUCAGUAUCAUGAAGAACCAAACACCCCUCCAGUUCUGGGCUUGCGGGAAGGUGCGAUGCUGCUAGUGGAAGGAGACAAAGCCACCUUGCAAGGAGUGACAGGAGCACGCCUAUUUUUGAGGGGUAAGAAACCGACUGAACAUGAGCCUGGAACAGAUUUCAGUUUCCUCCUGAUUGACAGUAAUCUUCAGAAUCUGUAGCCUUAUAUAUUCUGCAGCAAAAGUCACUAAAUGGGGAGACAAUGAGGAGGGAGGGAAGGGAUGCUUCUAGUCCCAGGGUGGGUGGAAAACCGUAUCUUUAUAAAUAAAGAUAAAUAUGCAUUA